AUGCAAGAGCACCCAGAGCGCCCAGAGGUCACUUCCAAGCAGCUAUGCAUACACAGCCUCUUGUACAUCCUCAGCCUUCGUCCCGAGGCCAACAGCACCAUCCUUCGAAUUCCCGUGGGAGACAAUCGCAUGCCUACCGAGGACAGAGAGGUCAUCCUAGAGGACAAGUACAGACAGCCAACUUUCAGCCAUCACAAGGAACAUCAACUACAUGCAAUAAUGUCCACAGCUCCAUGUUUCAUUCUCCCGCGUCAAUCCCCCGGUUCGGCUGAAGAGAAGGCAGCAGCACAGAUACCCUCAACGUUCCAGCGACUCCCACUCGAGAUUCGAAGCCAAAUUUAUGGCUACAUAUUUGAACCUCGCCGUGUUGAGCUCAUACGAAGACGCGAGAAAGACCCUGCGAAGCACCCAAAAAGAGUGUACUACCGCCUGUAUCACAAUCAGCUUCGAUCGCGCCAUCCCGUCACGCAGCAAAUCCAGGACCCUUAUUUGAAAUGCCAACACCCUGUGCCUAUUGGGCUGGUUUUUACAUGCCGCAGUAUUUACUGCGAAACCCUUUGGUGGCUGUACUCAACUACCCAAUUUGUCUUCACCUCGACGAAGACUAUGAACCGCUUCUUUAACAUCAUCCCCUCUGAAGUACAGCCUGACAUACGGCACGUAGAGAUUAACCAGGAAAUGCAUAGUGAACCCAGCCUGACUGAGCACCGUAUUCACAAGGUUCGAAGUGACUGGGCUUUCACAAUGGCAUGCGAGAACUUGGUCAAGUGCUGUUCAGGACUGCGAGUCCUGUACAUCUACUUCCGCAUCCGUGAUUGGCCCAUGAACCUCGAGAUCGGCGAGACAUGGUCAUUGCCAAUGAUGGCCUUUGCGGAGUACAAAGGUGGCUUGGACGUCGUGAACAUCAACCUCGACAUGCCGAGGUUUGGGCCACAGAAGUUGAAAAACAUGGCCAAAACCCUCGAAAAGAGGUUCAUGAAACCUAGGGCGUUCCAGGUCAGGGAAGAUGAGCAAAUGGCCAGGGAAUUAAGCUGCUCUUUCAUGGAAUUGCAGGUAUAUGGAACUAACUGA